AUGGCCGCUUUGGAUGCGCCUUUGAUCUCUGUGCGCGUCGUGAACGUGGACUGGUACCACUCCGAGGAGAGCAAGCUGCCCGUGGUGCUCAUUUUCGGGUCUACGCCUGCAGGGCAAAGGUCAUGCCUUCAUCUUCACGGGGCAUUGCCCUAUUUCAUGGUUAGGCCAAUGGAGGAAGAAAGCUCUGCUAUUUGCGCUCAGUUUGAAGACCCCGGCAGUUUGAACGCCCUACUUCCCCAGCUAGAACAAGCGCUGGAAUCGGCCAUGGCGUCUUCGUCCGGUGGGCCUGGCGCCCCCUCACUCUCUCCUGCGGGGGGGGCGGGACGGGGCGGGCGACCGUGGGGGCGGACUCAACAACCGGUGCUUGCACGGCUAGAGGUCGUCCGAGGCGUGCCUUUCUACGGCUAUCAUGGCGAGGAGAAAUUGUUUGUGAAGGAUGACAGGGUGUGCACGUUGGUUUCCUACAACAUGCGGAAUGUCGAAAGUAUGCAAUGCAACAUUUUAAAGAGACUCCGGAAUCGUGCACCCUCCCCGCGGGGCGUUAUUGCAUUGGUUCUCCUUCCUGCCGGCCUCGUGUGGAGGUGCAUGCCUUCCUUAAACGUGCGGUUGACUGCCUUCGGCCUUAAGGUGUACGUGAACAACCCGGCACUGACCGGCAAGGUGGCCUCCGUUCUGCAAGCUGGACACGUGCUAUCCACGCGCUUCCAACCGUUCGAGUCUCAUGUGCCCUUCUUGCUUCAGGUGUUCAUCGACUACAACAUCUCCGGCAUGAGCUACGUGCAUCUUCGAAACGCUCUCUUUCUGCAGCCGUUGCCCGAGCUCUCGAGCGUAACGUCGUCGUCUCGGGAGUCUUCUCCGGACAGCACCGGCUUAAACGACAACGGCGAGUCGCCAUUAACCGGGAUAUUCACUUCGGCUACAGUACCGGAAAGUCUUGUGGCGAACCCCGUGGGCCAGGGCGAUGCGUGGCGUUCUCCCGCUGGUGUGCCCGGUAGUGAGCGGGCAGGAGGUAGAACAGCUGAUGGUGCCGCAAGUACAGUGACAGUACGAGGGCUUGAGCCUGUAACCCUGCGAGGCGACACUGAUGAGGCUGCUCAAGACCUUUUGGAGGGGAUCAGCAUGUCGCAGCUAUUUUCUCAGCCGUCUAUCGCACCGAAGGUAACACGCUCCCGCCCGCCCAAAGAAGGGCCCGCGCCUAGAGCGACUGCUACGUCUUCACCCGGCAAGAUACAUGCAGACCAAGAAGGUGCCACUGGGGACCGUCCCAGGCCCAAGUGGUGGGAACGCCAAACCACAACGGAGCUAGAAGUCGUGGGAAUCAUCGACGACGUGAUCAACCCAAGCCUACUGGCUGCUGGGAGGGCGGGGGGAGCAGACGGGAAGCCAAUGGCGGUGGCAAGUCUGCGCGAGCUGUGGGACGAAGAGAAGGAGCGCUCGCGGGUGGCAGGCGGGGGGUCACAGCUCUCGGCCCCGCCAGGUCUCGAGCUCGCCGAUAGUCAGGAUGUCUGGGAACCUCCAGAGUUGCUGCUGACGCAGCACGUGAGAGACGAAGCUGAAGGCCUUGCUCGUAACGUCUUGCGAAGGGCGACGCCUUGCCGAGACUCUGGGUUUUUCCCGAAGGAGGAACGUUCGGAACCUCGUUCUCAAGCGUCCGCCAGCGGGAACGAUUUUGACGAGCGAUCAGGCGAAGUCGAGCUGACGCCUUCGCGAGACGGUUCAUUGUCCCAGGCUUCAGGAACGGGUGAAGCAAAUGCAGCUACACCGGUCGCGGAUGCAUCCUGCUCUCCGGCUAACUACUUGCCCUCGCUGGGCGGGAUAUGCGAUCAUGAUGUGGACCAAGGGCUGCUCGAUAUGAUUGCCGCGUUGAGAGGGUCUCAGCAAAGUCAGAGCCAGGGAGUCGAUCGCGAGUCGCUUUCGUCGCCACCGGCAGGGCAGCAGUACACCCGGUCGCCGUCAGGACCCCUGUCACAAAGGCCCGCUUUCACCCCUCAAUCUUCCGCAGAUCAAGCAGAGGCGGUGGCAGCAACGCAGGAGCUAGAUGAAGAAGAGCUAGGCACCCGGAUGGCGUUGGCGGCGCAGUCCGAGCGGCACUACGACUCGGACGGGUCAGACGACUACCUGGAACCCGCACGAGCCGCGGCUGUCAUUAUGUCUAUCUCUUCGGCCACCGGCAAACCAAGCGCGGCCGUCCCUGUGCCCGGAGCUGCUGGUAUGCAAACACCGGUUUUGGCAGACCCCCCCCCCUGGUCGUCGUCCCAACGGGCCGCCAGCUACCCGCCAUGGUCUCAGCGCGGCGCGGGGCCGGAGCCGGUCAGAGCGUCAACGUUGCCGUUCUGGUCGCAAAGGAGCACCGAGGUGGCUAGCGCGGGCAUCUCGGGAAGACUUACUGGCAGAGAUUGGCGCGGCGGUGGUAAGAUGGACGAGAACCGCCUCGAGGAAGGAGAGGAGGAAAUGGACGAGGAGGAUGAAGGAGCGGAGGAUGGAGUUGAGAGAAUGCUAUCUCAACUAUCUGCUAGGAGCCUGGACGACGUUAAAGACAGCGUGCAGGUAGAGAUCGAUCGAGAAAGGAGAAUACCAAUCGACCCAAGAAUGUCGCCUCACGACCCCCUCUUGGCAUCACGGGCGCAAGGUUCUGAGCCCAGAUCCCAAAGCGAGCUGGUAGACAUCAUAUGUUCCCAGGUGGAGGUCGAGCAAGACGAGAAUGCGCAGAAUUCGACUUUUUUUGCAGAUCACUCAAUGGACGCCAUCUUGGAGGAAAAGGACGAGGAGAAGGACGAGGAGGAUGGUGGGGGGGAGCGCACGAUGAGGACUGAACCUCCACGAAAUAGAGCAGACGUUGACCACAGGUGGACGCGAGGGCCAACCCAGCUCCGGUAUGACGACGAAGUAGAGGGAAACCAGGAGGGUAGAGAGAGAGGGCGAGUGGACAUGGAGGAGGAGGAGGAGGAGGACGAGGAGGAGGACGAGGAGGAGGAGGAGGACGGUGUGAAGGACUCGGGCACGAAAGGGCCCCUCAGGCUUCGCGGUGGCGUUGGACUGGCCCGCACCAAGCCCAAACCUACCCGGCCGUCGCGAGCAGCAACGGCGCCGGAACCAUCGACCAGUUCCGCCUCGCUCCCAGGCGCCAGCAGCAGUAGUGCGCGGAAUGGCCCUGACAUGCAGAGUAACGAUCCGCCAGCCGGCGGCAAGCGAGCAGCACCUGCGUCUGGUGCUCUCCCUAAGCGGCGAGCACCGCUCCGGGUACCUGUUGGCAUUCGACGCUCGUCUUCGAUGCCGGGAGUUGUUGGUGGGUUCAAGCCCCCGAGGCUGCUCUCCACGGCGGCCAACCUUCCUACAGUUGAUGAAGCUGGUAGCGCCGGUCGUUGUGGUAGCGGCGGCGGCGGUGGCUCUAGUGGUAUUCGCGGUGAUGAUGGUAUGUGCGGUGGUGAUAACGGCGAUAAAUCUCCUGGUCUUGUUCACCGCGAGCCGCGGAAGGAUGACCCUGCCGCCGCUGGCGGAACUGACUCUGCUGAUGGGGACGGAAGCUCCGAUACUCAGGACGAGGAUGCGAACAAGGACGAACGAUCGCAGGUGGUGGUGCCUGGGUGGGGAUCGCAGGGUCAUCACCCAGUCGAGUACUCAGAGAGUCAACUGAGCUUCUUUCCCAUUGCCCAGCUCCGAGUGUCCCCAAAAUCGACCCGGGGAAUGGGCGCGAGAACGGACAAUGAUUUCUCGGAAACCGAAGGCGGUAAAGCGGCAAGAAAGAAACAGAAGGUUCUCGGAGACGAAGGGUACAACCGCAGUGGUGGCACGGAAAGCGCCGCCGCCAGGGUUUCCGAGGCGCCGGUUGAAAAGCACGGCGGAGGUGAUAUUGGCGGGGAGCCCGACUCAGCAAAGGGCAAACCCCGUAGCGCCAGCCCGCCACCGCCACCGGAAAACCCCACCCAAAAGGAAACGCCUCCGCUCUAUGUUGGCACCAGCCGCGAAACCACGCCAACCCCAGCGUUGGGUCCUCCGAGAUCUGAAGCUACUGGCAGGAAACCUGGUCAGAACACCGACAAUGCCCGAGCUUCUCCGGGAGGAAGUAGCAGUGCGGGGGACAGCGGCGUGGACGGUAGGUGGCGAGGUGCCGACGCACGGAUACGCCUCGCGCAGACGCGAGGGACCCCGUCGCCUUCUUCGCAUCAGGCGCGAACGGACAACAGCAAUGGUGGAAGAAGAGGCAGCACCAAGAAUUGUUCACCCCUGGCGCCGUUGGCACUGCACCAAGAACCGGGGACGUCUUCGGAGAAUGAUGCUGAUCAGCCCCAUGUUGGCACGAAUCACGCAAGGGGGUCAGCGAGGAGCUCGACGCCGCGGGAGAGUCGUACUCAGGAGCAGGACAUACCGGGAACCCCGUUGCAUCGACAGGGACUGGCCAACAGACACAUGGCAGCCGACAGCGCACUCAGGGCUCCGGCAACGGCACCACGGCGCGACAACUCUACUGGGCUUUCUUGCUCUCCGCCGGCGGCCGUCGCUUCUGUGUUUCCGACCCCAACACCCCCACUACCAUCGCUCGCUGUGUACACGGCAGGCCGUUCGCCCACCACCCCGCUGUCGGCCCCAAGCGACAAUUCCGACGUCCCUCCGCUCGCACAACCUAGCCCCUGGUUGCCGAUCACGGCAGCGAGGGGGGCUGGUGCUGCUGCGUCCGAUACGCCCUUAUCGGAUGCGUGGAGCAGCGGAGUACAGCGGACCGGUUGCAACAACAGCGGACCGGCCCCGAAUCCAGGAGAAGCUUUCUUUCUGACAUCUGGGAGCGGCUCGGCCGCGUCGCCGGUCAGGGAGAGUUUCUCGGGUUUUACUCCCCCAACGCCAAGGCAGCGCGGGAUCGGGGGGCGGGAAUCGGGAACGGUGGUGCUCAGACCCCCCGAGACCGCGCCGGACCCGAAGACAUGUGCAGCCGCUCUGUCGCGCCUUGGUGUUCCUCAGGUGGGCGGUGCACCCAACACAGAGAUGGACGACGUCCCGGAGCGUCCACGGGAGUUUGCUGGAAACGUGUUUCGGAUUCAGCACAAGGACAACCUCAAGGCGUUCGAUACCCUCCAAUCACGCGAGCUCCUCCACGCGCACCAACAGGCGGAGGCGGCGACCGCCACGCCAACGUCUCCAAGACAUCGCCACGCUGGACGCGGCGUUGCGUCUUCGUGUUCCUCCUGCACGCCACUCUCUCACCUUCCCGAUAGCGAGCCCAGAAACCGAGCCGUGGGUGGUGGGAGCGGUCUCGGGGCCGACGGCGGACUUGCUAUGUCGCCGUCCCCCGAUCAUCGGGUGACAGGGACGGGUGGGCUCUCGGGAGAGAGUUACGAGGGCGGCGGCGGUAGUUCGGAACCCCUUUCGUGGACGGGCGGUGGCCCCAGGCAACAAGAACCCAUCGCCUUGCGCGGCAUCGACGAAUGGAAGGAGGCAGCGGCGAUGUUCGGAGAAGCGGCCAGGAGACAAAGCCGCCACGUCAACCAAGGCCCGGGCAGAACGGUGGAGCUCGUCCCCGCUAUCUCGCCACCGCCUUACAAGGGACCCCACCUCCCCACCACCAAAAGCCAGAUUUCGCCCGCCACGCUUACACCGUCAUCCUGUCUCUCGGAGGACGAAGAGGGGCGAAGGUUCGCGUUCGGCCUUGGUGCUGCAGCAGCUGCCGCGGGCCGUCGGCCGGCACCCGCCGCCGCCGCCGCCGCCGCCGCUGAGGCGGCGUCUCCAGCGGUCGGGAGCCAGGCCAGCGGCAUCGGCCUGAGCGGCGGAAUCCUGGGGCACGCCCGAACCGGCGACGAAUCCGCCGCCGCAGGGCGGGGCGAUCGUCUGACGGUGCUGUCGCUGGAGCUUCACGUGCAGGUGCCGGCCAGCCGGCGGCCGGACCCUCGCCGGGACUGUGUGCACGCCGUCUGCUGGAGGGUGAAGGACGCGUUCACUUCCGCGGAGCGCGAGACGGUGGAAACGACGUCGGGGGUUAUCGUGCUCCCGCUGGCAGCGCGCGGGGUGGCGGUGCCCGCUGCUGCUGCCGGGAGCGGUGGGGGCGACCGCAACGGAGGACACUCCGCCGAGGGGAGCCGGGAGGAAGAGGCCUGUCUCAAGUGCGGCGAACGGCGAGACGAUGUUAACAGGGCGUUCUGCUGCUUCGAAGGCGGAGGGUUUCUGGGGCAAGGGAUCGCGAGUGGCGGUGGGACGGAAGUGGAGACGGGAAGGGCCACGUUCCGUCACGGCUUGGGGAAGGACGUAGAGGUGCUGGAGGUUUGCAGUGAGGAGCAGGUGUUCCGAGCUCUGGUCCGCGUCUUCUGUCGGCACGACCCGGAUUUUGUGGCGGGGUGGGAGGUCCAGGGCGACUCUCUGGGAUACGUAAUCGAGCGGGGUUUGAACAUGGAACCCUCCAUGGACAUGACCCGCCUGCUGUCUAGGACUCCCGGGCGAGACGCCGACAAGCGGAACGCCCGCGAUGAGUGGGGGAAGACACACGGCUCCGGCAUCUGGCUGACCGGCCGCACGGUGCUCAACAUGUGGCGCCUCAUGCGCUCCGAGCUCAAGCUGUGCUCGUACACGCUUCAGAGCGUUGCGGAACACGUCUUGCGAAAGCGCAUCCCGUCUUUCGGCCUUCAGCUUCGGUCUCGCUGGUUUGCCGGGCGGAACGUGGCGGGUAGGUCUCGCGCGCUCGCGGACCCCCUCGGCCGGGCAACGGCAUGCCUCUCGAUCAUGGACAAGCUCGACCUGCUGGGACGCACGUCGGAGAUGGCGAGGUUGUUCGGGAUCGACUUUUUCAGCGUGCUAUCCAGAGGGUCUCAGUACCGCGUCGAGGCGGUAAUGCUCAGAGUGCUCAAACCGCACAACUUUGUCGCCGUGAGCCCGUCCCGGCAGCAGGUCGCCGGCCAAGCAGCGAUGGAAAGCAUCCCCCUAGUUUUCGAGCCGCGGAGCCGCUUCUACACGUCUCCAGUAGUCGUUUUGGAUUUCCAGUCGCUCUACCCGUCCAUGAUGAUCGCCUACAACCUGUGCUACACGACAAUUCUGGGAAAGUUCGACCCCAAGACCGGCGGAACUUCGGGGAGCCUCGGAGCCUUACCGUACCCGGAAUCGAACACGUCCGCGGCCCUCGAGAGAGCGGCCGAGGCGCACCAGGCCUGGCGCAAGCGCGACGGGCGCACAAGGAGUCCUCUCGCCGCCGGCAGAGGGGCUUCACAGCAGCCGCCGCUGUCGUGCUUGUCUCCCGUAGACGAGGAGGAAACCCCGACGAAUGCGGCGGGGGUGGCGGCAAGGUCGCCGGCGUCUUCUGCGACGCACCCAACAAUGGAGACUCCGACAGGGCCGGCGGUGGAGGCGGAGCCGAGAUCAUCACCACACCCGGAGGAUGAUGCCAAGCACGGCGAUACCCAAGGCUCUACACCCAGCGAUGACCACGGAGGGGAAGGGUUUCCACCUCGAUCGCGGGAUAGGGAGGGGAUGCCAGGGUGGGAUCCCCGGUGCAUACACCUGGCGCCGAACACGGCGGGGUUCUGCCAUCCGUCCCUGAGGCAGGGGAUCCUGCCCGUCAUGCUGAGGGAGAUCCUGGAGACCCGGGUGAUGAUCAAGGGGGCCAUGAGGAGGGCCGAGGGAGCCGGGCAGAGGGUGCUGGCGCGCACGCUGAACGCUCGACAGUUCGCCCUCAAGAUGAUCUCGAACGUCACGUACGGGUACACGGCGGCAGGCUUCAGCGGCAGAAUGCCCAUGGCGGAGCUGGCCGACGCGAUCGUGGAGAGCGGGAGGCAGACGCUAAUCGCGGCUGCAAGGACAGUGGACACCCACAAGACCUGGCAGGCGUCUGUGGUGUAUGGGGACACCGACUCGCUGUUCAUCGAGCUCAAGGGCCGCAGCCUCGAGGAGGCUCACCGCAUCGGCAAGGAGAUGGCCACCACGGUGUCCCAGUCUUGCCCCCCGGACGUCGUGCUCAAGUUCGAGAAGGUGUACCUGCCGUGCAUCUUGGCCUCAAAAAAGCGGUACGUGGGGCACAUGUACGAGUCCCCGAAGGACUUAAGGCCGAGCUUCGACGCCAAGGGCAUCGAGACGGUGCGGCGGGACGGCUGCCCCCUGCUGGUUAAGAUGCUCGAGAAGGUGCUUAGGUUGCUCUUCACGACCAAGGACCUCAGCCAGGUGAAGGGCUACCUGUAUCGGCAGUGGACGCGCAUCCUCACUGAUCGUGCUGCGGUGGGAGACUUCAUCUUCGCCAAGGAGGUCCGACUGGGUACGUACGCAAGCGACGUGUACAUGCCUCCUUCCGCUAUCGUGGCCAGCAAGGCCAUGGCGAUCGACCCUCGUGCGGAGCCCAAGUACUGCGAGCGCGUUCCGUACGUGGUCGUCGCAGGGCCCGUAGGAGCUCGGCUUAUGGAUCUGGUGGUGUCCCCUGAGCAGUUCCUCGCCGAGGGCAGCGGCCUCCGCCUGAACGGGAAAUACUACAUCACCAAGGUCAUCAACCCGGCUCUGGACAGGACCCUCGCCCUGCUGGGAGUAGACGUCAACGCCUGGUACAACGACAUGCCGCGCCCGGCCCCCAGGGUAUCCCACAAGGCCAAGAAGCCGCCCGAUGCGUUCGGCGGUGGUGGCAAGCGCAAGGGGAAGGCGAGCGUGAUCACGAACUUCUUCAUCAGCGACCGGUGCUCGCUGUGCGGGGAGCAGUGCACGAGGUCCGUCUGCUGGAAGUGCGCCAGGAAUCCCGCCGCGAACUGCGCCGCCUUUUCUCGGCUGCGCGAGUCGGACCUGGCGGCGCUGCAGCUGCUGGAGGUGUGUCGGCAGUGCACGGGCCACCCUUCCCCGGAGCUGUUCGGGAACGACUCGUGCGGCUCUCUCGAGUGUCCCGUGUUCUUCGAGAGGCACCGCGCAUUGCUCAAGGGCCAGGACGCGCGUGAGCUGUGCGAAGCACUGGGCUUGCUCUCUGAUUGACUGUUUUUAUUUUUCAUUUUUUAUUUCUAAUUUCUCACAGACAGCGAAUCCAUCUCUAUCCUCGGACGAUGAGUGUCCAGGAGAAGGUAAUUUUUUUUGCGGCCGUUGUCAUCCAGAGUUUUGAUAAGACGACGUCAGCAACAGUGUUCGUGUUCGGUUGGUUGGAGAUUUUUGGUAUCCGUGUACGUUUGUUGCAUAUUGUUUGAUCAUCCGGUUUUAGACAUUUUUUAAGACGAGAGAAACCCACGGCAAAAGAGAAAAAUGAGACGGAUUCAGGGUGGCACCACGAAGCCCUGGGAAUGAACAAUGGCUCCCGGUGGAAGAAGCAUCACACCCAGAUGAGAUCUCAAAAGGUUGUGCAAUUAAACAAUCACUUCCUCCGCAAACGCCACGCCGUGCUCUUGGGUGGCAAGUACGUGACGAAGGUCGUCAGACGCUUUUUUUUGUCCACCAUGCAUGGCGUACGUGCUGUACUUGUUGGGACCUACUGUCAGGGUCGGCUGUUGUACAAGUACAUAGAGCCGUUAUACCGGAAGCGGGCCAUUCAGAAGAGAAGCGCGAAUUGAUCCCUCCGAGCAACAGGAGUGCCGGAAGAAAUAAACGGGGCAUGUUGUCUCGCACGGGCUAUUAUUUCUAUGAUUUCUUGGAUCUAUUUAGACAUAUUUUUGUAGAAUACGGUUGACUAACGUCCAGCUACGGCCUGGCGUCCGUUCCGUCUCCCGGGCGGGGGAGCCGUAGUUCAUCUUGAGGUGAUUGAACGAAGAUACUGUGGCUUCGUAAAUGGAAGGGGGAACCGUGUGGAAAUAUGCAGGUUGUGUUUUUUGUGCUCGAGCAAGAAGUACGUUGUCCAUUCUUCUCGUGCUUUUGUUAGCGGUGUCACUGCUGUGUCAUUGGCGUGUGUUGGUGGGGUUAGGUCUCCGUGGGGGGUAAUGGCGAGAGAGCUGCGGGACCUGCUGAUGACUUGCUGUUGGGUGGCCUCCCAAGGACUUGUGACGGGUGGUGGUGGUGCAUACAGUAGAAAAGCUUAAACUUCCUAAAUAAUGCUCGACGUAGAUCGACGAAACGUGUGACGAAGGAUGGUGUGUGCCACGACGGUCGUGUUGGUUGCCACGCUACUCUUCGUUGGCAUCAAUCAACCCACAGGAGAACUACAAGAGCCGAACCGUCUUGUGUAGCGAGCCACGGAGAAGGGCAUAUUGGUUAACUAUUGCGGACGGAACGACAGAGGAGGCCAUGCAUAAGCACGCUCACGGAGUGCGCGCCCUCACACGCGCACCAACCAGCGACAGGCAGGAUUACAAACGAUUUUUUUUAAUGUCCGAGUAAACGAAGCUGACGCGGUAAAUGAAGCUACUGCACUUCUUCCAUGUCUACCAUAACGUAAACAACACAUCAGGCCGCCCUGUGCCUGCAUCCCUGCCCCUUGGUCGGAAGCAAACACCGUUAGCGGCCGCUGAGAGCUAAAAAUACACACAUCUGUUGUGUAGAUACUACGAACGUCAUCUCUCUCACUCUCUGUUUCUCUUGCCGUCCACAGACCCUCUGCGGUAGGACGAAUAUCCCGCCCGCUUCUCUUUUUAUCACCAUCCCUAUCUCUACUAUCCAGUUACAGCAUCGCACCACCAUUCCUUUCUCCACACACCGACCUUCUCGCCGCCUCCUUCACCCCCCCCCGUCGGACUAACCGUUCCGGCGGCGAUCGAUCUGCCUAGCUCUCUCCUCCCACAACAAAGAGGGGCCGUCGACUCUUUCUUUUGGCGUGCCCCCUCCCGAAGAAACUGUAUUCUAUCAAUCUGCGCUCCCACUGCUCGACCGGCAAACGACAACGACCCGGCGUGAUCACGAACAGACUGGUCCUUGUUUCGGGAUCACCAGUCUCAUCUCUCCUCGCGUUCUCUCAUGGAAACACACAGAUGAGCAAUGCCCACCCACGUGUUCAUCCGCCAAGACACUCAGCAGACCAACAACUUCUCCGCCCUUUCCUCAGGUCAUGAACUGUCACCUUCUGGUUCUCGGUACAAGACCUACCAUCACACAACCCACCGACAUUCUAGACUUUUAUAAAAACAGCAACAAAAAUGAGUCAUAAUUGGCCAAAACCAAGCCCACGGCGACCGGCCCGUCGCUCCUUCUCCUGCCCC